AUAUCGAAAAGAAGAUAUUUUGAUGACAUUAUUAUCAAGAGUAAUAUAUCAGCAAUUUUGAAGUUGUUCAGGAUGGAUAAGACAUUAGCUUUCUAGGAAAAUUUUUUCAUUCAACAAAGAAAGUCAAAGAAAAUCUGAACUAGAAGUAUUCCGGUACAAAGUGUUCGUCUCGAGAUUCUUUGUGAGCUGGGCAUGGUCUUAGGGACGACGGCGGGGCGAUGACGCUCUACCACCGUCGUUCGUCAUCGCCACGCCCGGACCCGAUCCUGAAAUUGGCCCUGAUCCUUGCCUCCGUUAACCAACAUUAUCAUUGUUUCUCGACGCGGAAACUGGCAAAGACGAACGCCAUUUGGGCGUUCGAGAGGAGGUAUGAAGGAUCGACCUCAUCGUCCUUACCGAGAUCAUCACGGACAGGCGAUGCCCUUGGAAGAAGUUCAGGGAUUGCUGCUUCCACCCUCCAGAACAGGUAACCGGGGACCUCUGACGAUUGUACAGGUCGGGAAAGGAAAUGGGGGCGGUGGAGAUGGCGGAAGUGAUUUACUGAGAUUGGAACCACCCUCGGAUUUAAGACCAACUCCGUCGCCCUUGUCCGAAACGAGCGCAACAUUGCAGUCCGACAACAAUGAUACCUUUAGCGGAGGUGUCGAUCCACGAUUAUUGUUGGGCGCAAACACCGGGGGCGACCGUAACACGUGGGAGGGUCGUUACCGCGUGAAGGAGCAUCGGCGUGCUGGAAAAGCGACCUUUCAAGGUCAGGUUUACAACUUCCUGGAACGUCCCACCGGCUGGAAGUGCUUCCUAUACCACUUCUCUGUAUGAUACUGAAUAUGCACUACCAGAAUAUGAUGUACAAUCAAGUUUUCAAUUUAAAAUUUUGGAUCGCACGUUUGAUUUAUUUUUCUAUGAGAAAGAAGGUUUGGCGAUUUCAAACUUUUUAUGUAAAUAGAUAUGUGGAUAUUAUCCACGUAGCAGGAAGGUAGGUAUUUUGAGAAUUAUCGAUAGCUCCUUUUUUUCUCUGAUUUUCCUAAGAAACGAGAAGGAAUUAAACAUUUCUUAUGGAUGAGAAAAUGAUUCGUUCGUGUUUUAGUCGAUGUCAUAAGUUUCUAAAGUGGUAUAUGUAUCUUAAAAAGUGAAAUUCUAGUUCCAGAAAUUAAUGAGAGAGAUAACUUCGUGAUAAUAAAGCGAGCAGAAAGUACGAUAGUUAACCGAGCACUUAUAUGCUGUACCAUAUGUAUGCAGUAGUAUGCAAAAGCGUUGGUUUAACUGGCCUCGAGUAUGUUAAUUAAUGUUUAGUGAAUAAAUAUAUAUCACAACAUAUUGUAAAACUUAGAAAUUUGAUCCGAUUUAAUUCAAAAUUCAUUCUUAUUUUGGAAAGAAAAUGUGUAAAAUUUGUCUAUUUGCAUGCUACUACAAUACAAAAAUUAUUUUCAUAGAAAGUGGAUAAAUUUUUCACUUAAAUGUCAGUGAUGAUACAUGGAAGAGCGGAUUAACGACAUAUUGGCCCCGCUCCUUAGAUUGUCUUCCGCAUCAAUCUUUAUUGUCAGUUAAUAAACGUCAGAGUAUGUUAUUUUUCGAAAAGAUUGAUCAUGCGAAUAAAACGUAGAAUUUCACGUAGCAUGAAA